UACAGCAACAGAGGUCCAGUCCAACACUAUUGCAAAAAGGCAAAGUAGGAGCUUCUUUGUAUAUUUUCUCCAGAUUCAUCAGAUCCUAUCAAAGGAAAAGUAAAAGUACACUCUUCCUUCUACACCCCCCCCCUUUCUUCUUAAUCAUCUCCAUUGCUACUUCUUUUUCUUCAAGGCCCCUUGGAACGGUUCAUUUUUAAUUCAAAAACACAUUUUCAAGCUCCAACCACCAGUGAAGAAAAAAAAAAUUCAAUAUUUGAGAUUGUUGCUUCUGUGAUUCUUUGAAACAACAAGAUGCAGAGGCCUCCACCUGAAGAUUUUCUGUUGAAAGAGACCAAACCCCACCUUGGUGGUAAGGUCUCUGGAGACAAGCUUACAAGUACCUAUGACCUUGUUGAGCAAAUGCAGUAUCUUUAUGUUAGGGUUGUGAAGGCUAAGGAGCUACCUUCGAAAGAUGUUACUGGAAGUUGUGACCCUUAUGUUGAAGUCAAGCUUGGUAACUACAAAGGAACCACGAGGCAUUUUGAGAAGAAGACUAAUCCUGAAUGGAAUCAGGUUUUCGCUUUUUCGAAGGAUCGGAUUCAGGCUUCGGUUCUUGAGGUUUUUGUGAAAGAUAAGGAUUUUGUAAAAGAUGAUUUUAUUGGUCGUGUUUGGUUUGAUCUCAAUGAGAUUCCAAAGAGGGUUCCUCCUGAUAGUCCUCUGGCGCCACAGUGGUAUAGAUUGGAGGAUAGGAAGAGUGAUAAGGUGAAAGGGGAGUUGAUGCUGGCUGUUUGGAUGGGUACUCAAGCUGAUGAAGCUUUUCCUGAGGCGUGGCACUCAGAUGCGGCGACGGUUAGUGGGACUGAUGCUCUUGCAAAUAUUAGGUCUAAGGUGUAUCUAUCUCCUAAGCUUUGGUAUUUGAGGGUUAAUGUGAUCGAGGCACAGGACUUACAGCCGUCUGACAAGGGAAGAUUCCCAGAGGUUUAUGUGAAGGCUAUUUUGGGAAAUCAGACCUUGAGGACAAGAAUUUCUCAGAGCAGGAGUAUCAAUCCGAUGUGGAAUGAAGAUUUGAUGUUUGUAGCUGCGGAACCGUUUGAGGAGCCGCUGAUUUUGAGUGUGGAAGACAGGGUUGCGCCUAACAAAGAGGAACUGCUAGGGAAGUGUGUUAUUCCCUUACAGAUGAUGGACCGGAGACUCGAUCACAAACCUGUGAACACUAGGUGGUUCAACAUUGAAAAGCAUGUUGUUAUCAUGGAAGGGGACAAGAAGAAGGAAAUCAAGUUUGCAAGCAGGAUUCAUAUGAGGGUCUGUCUAGAAGGUGGUUAUCAUGUUUUGGAUGAAUCAACUCACUACAGUAGUGAUCUUCGCCCUACGGCGAAACAGCUGUGGAAGUCAAGUAUUGGAGUUCUUGAAGUUGGGAUAUUGAAUGCUUCGGGUUUGAUGCCGAUGAAAUCAAAUAAUGGGAGGGGGACUACCGAUGCUUAUUGUGUAGCAAAAUAUGGACAGAAAUGGGUGCGUACAAGAACCAUCAUCGAUAGCUUUGCACCGAGGUGGAAUGAGCAGUAUACUUGGGAGGUUUUUGAUCCGUGCACUGUCAUUACAAUUGGUGUAUUCGAUAACUGUCACUUGCACCAUGGUGGUGAUAAGCCUGGAGGACAAAGAGAUUCUAAAAUCGGCAAGGUAAGAAUCCGUCUUUCCACACUCGAGACUGAUCGAGUCUACACACAUUCCUAUCCACUUCUAGUUCUUCAUCCAACUGGGGUGAAGAAAAUGGGAGAAAUUCAACUGGCUGUAAGGUUUACUUGCUCUUCUUUGCUCAACAUGAUGCACAUGUAUUCAAAUCCAUUGCUGCCCAAGAUGCAUUACAUUCACCCAUUAACCGUCAGCCAGCUCGACAGUCUGAGGCAUCAAGCUACUCAGAUUGUUUCCAUGAGACUUAGCCGUGCUGAGCCGCCACUGAGAAAGGAGGUAGUGGAAUAUAUGCUAGAUGUCGGUUCCCACAUGUGGAGUAUGAGAAGAAGCAAAGCCAAUUUUUUCAGAAUCAUGGGGGUUUUGAGUGGAUUAAUUGCUGUUGGAAAGUGGUUUGACCAAAUCUGCAAUUGGAAAAACCCUAUCACAACAGUUCUAAUUCAUAUCUUAUUUAUAAUACUUGUCAUGUACCCUGAACUUAUCUUACCAACAAUUUUCCUUUACCUCUUUUUGAUUGGAGUUUGGUACUAUAGAUGGAGGCCAAGGCACCCACCUCACAUGGACACACGUCUCUCCCAUGCUGAUUCCGCACACCCUGACGAACUAGAUGAAGAGUUCGACACAUUUCCAACCACAAGACCUUCUGACAUCGUGAGGAUGCGAUACGAUCGUCUUAGAAGUAUCGCCGGUAGGAUACAAACUGUUGUUGGGGAUUUGGCGACUCAAGGAGAAAGACUGCAGUCUUUGCUGAGCUGGAGAGAUCCAAGAGCUACUGCACUUUUUGUGCUAUUCUGUUUGAUUGCUGCUAUUGUACUUUAUGUGACUCCAUUUCAAGUUGUGGCUCUUCUCAGUGGAAUUUAUGUGUUGAGACAUCCAAGGUUUCGUCACAAGCUUCCUUCUGUGCCGCUCAAUUUCUUCAGGAGGUUGCCUGCAAGAACUGAUUGCAUGCUUUGAACAAAGUUGGACUUGCUUGGAUUGGAAUGUGCAUUAAAACACAAGUGGAGCUUUUGGUUGUUUUGUUUUCAUUAUUCAUUCACCCACCAGAUUUUGUGGAUUUUUAGUUUCAAUUAUGUCUUAGAAUAUUUAUAUUUUCGAACUUAUGGUAGUCCUUGUUAAAAUUUGUAAUUUUGUAGGGUGAGUUAAAAUUAUUUGUCUUUAGUCAACUUCCUGUUUAAUUUAAUUAGAUGCAGUUAAGAACUUUCCCAAUGGAAAUCUGGGUCAAAGGUAAUUUUCUUUAUUAUAUUACUAUGAACAUCA